CUCAAACAAACGUAUAUAGAUAUUAAAAGUCUUCGACAAAACAGAAACGCAUUUACGAGUAGACUUCAAGAUGUUUAACAGAACGCUCGCUGUUUUGAUCGGAGUGUUAGUAGGCGUUUUUAUAUUGAUCGGUGGUGUUAUACUUGGAUUGUUUGUAUCCGGAAUCCUAAGAGGAACUGGCUUUUUGACGAAUGAAAUGAAUGCGACAACAUCGGCUCCCACAACUACUACAGCGACACCUACAGAUCCCUCAAAAUGGUGGCUGGAGACUCCCCCGAAGGAUGCAAUUGCUCUGGCGCUUUACCAACAGCACAUACAGUCCAACAACAUCAUUAGCUCAUACUCGCAAGAUGAAGUUCCAUCUAACCCUGCUGUAUGUGGAGAUCCUCGAUUAGCUGCCCGUACAUUCAACUGUACCAACAACAGAGCUAGAACAAUUGAUGGGACCUGUAAUGACUUGGACAAUCCAGGCGUCGGUAGCAGAUCGACUAGAUUUAACCGAAAUGUACCAUUGAACGAGACGGCUGCGGAAAACGAGACGCUCCAAGCAACACCAAACCCAAGACUCGUUAGUGAAAAGCUUCUCCAACGAAAAGAGUUCAUUCCUGCUCCAAGUAUUAACUUGUUUGUGGCUGCAUGGAUACAGUUUAUGAUACACGACUGGUUUGACCAUGGCACAAAUGAUAAAACAAGGAACAUCCGUGUUAAAGUAUCGGAAGAUGACCCGUUGGGUAAUUCUGAAAAUGAAAUCAUAGUGGAUCGAACAAGAAAGAAUGACUGCAAUACUUCUAAAUCCACGGACACGAUGUUCCAAAAUGACGUCACACACUGGUGGGACGCCUCCCAAAUGUACGGAUCCGAUGCUAAUAGAAACAAAGAGAUUCGAUCAUUCAAAGAUGGAAAACUGAUACUUGCUGAGAAUGGUCGUCUCCCUCUUGAACCAUCUAGUGGUUUGCCUAUAACAGGUUUCAAUAAAAACUGGUGGGUUGGCUUAACGUUGAUGCACGUUGUGUGGACGAAAGAACACAACGCUGUCUGUGAUAUGUUGUUGGGGAAUCAUCCAGAUUGGUCUGACGAGCAACUUUUCAGCACUGCACGGCUUAUAAUAUCAGCCACCAUAGCGAGAAUACACACCCUCGAGUGGACCUCUGCAAUAUUAGCUAACAGGGUUGUCAAAUUAGCAUUAAAAUCGAACUGGUAUGGUGUUAGUUUAAUCGAGUCUACUAACGGGAAUAAGGCUGUAGCAGAUUACCUGGCAGGAUUGUACCCAAUGCUAUCACAAGGAAUACCUGGAGCAAUAGGAAACCCCAAGGACACGAGGGGAGUUCCUUUUGCCUUAUCAGAAGAAUUCGUUGCAGUGUAUCGGUUGCAUCCGUUGGUACCAGACAACAUAGAGAUAAGACGCCACACGAAUGGCACUCUUGCUUCUAGGUAUAAUUUGCCCGAAGUAAUGUUCAAUAAGUCUGAGGAAGUACUGGAUAACAACGACAUUCGGGACGUUCUGUUCACUUUUGGAAAUGCAUAUUCUGGCGCGAUGAAGCUCCACAACUACCCGAACUUCCUUCGUAAUCUUCAAAUGCCGGAAGGAGGGCCGUCGAUCGACUUGGGAAUGAUCGAUUUGGUGCGUGAUAGAGAACGAGGAAUCGCAAGAUACAACAAAUUCCGACGGUUGAUGAACCUUCCACCUGUGAAAACGUUCGAAGAACUAAAUCCCGAUCCAGCGAUUGUUGCUGCUCUGAAGGAAGUAUAUGACAAUGAUAUCGAUAUGGUUGACCUUCUAGUUGGUGGAUUAGCAGAGAGCGAUGUGCCAGAUGGAUUUGGUUUUAGUGACACGAUUUUCAGGAUUUUUGCCGUUGCUGCUCGCAGAAGGCUUGAAACUGACCGGUUCUUCACUGACGACUACACAGAAGAGUUCUACACGAAGGAGGGUUUGGAGUGGGUGGAUAAGACGUUUUUUGGUGACGUUCUUGCCCGUCAUUAUCCCGAACUGGCUCCUCAUCUGGCUAAUAGCGACAAUGCAUUUGCACCAUGGGGGAACACCUUCUAGUGAUAAUUAGACAUUAGGACUGGUUAUUUUAUAGUACGAGCAUGGACAUGCAAUAGAAAGCCCAAAGUACUUAUAUUUUCCAAGCCUGUUAAGGUCGAUCAAAGCUAGGAACAGAGAAAAGUUUACAAAUAUAUGUAAAGAUAUAACUACA